CGGUGAAGCUUCGGGGGCUGGGGCCGCGGGGCCCCAGGGCGGCGACCUCACGCAGCCAUGGCCCGAAAUGCAGAAAAGGCCAUGACGGCCUUAGCAAGAUUUCGCCAAGCUCAACUGGAAGAGGGAAAAGUGAAGGAACGAAGACCCUUCCUUGCCUCAGAAUGUACUGAGCUGCCCAAAGCUGAGAAGUGGAGACGACAAAUCAUUGGAGAGAUCUCUAAAAAAGUGGCUCAAAUUCAGAAUGCUGGUUUAGGUGAAUUCCGGAUUCGUGACCUGAAUGAUGAAAUUAAUAAACUGCUAAGAGAAAAAGGACACUGGGAAGUCCGGAUAAAAGAGCUGGGCGGUCCUGAUUAUGGGAAAGUUGGUCCUAAAAUGCUGGAUCAUGAAGGGAAAGAAGUCCCAGGAAAUCGAGGCUACAAGUACUUUGGAGCGGCGAAGGAUUUGCCUGGUGUCAGAGAGCUAUUUGAAAAAGAACCUCUUCCUCCUCCAAGAAAGACACGUGCUGAGCUCAUGAAAGCAAUCGAUUUUGAAUACUAUGGUUACCUUGAUGAAGAUGAUGGUGUCAUCGUGCCUUUGGAACAGGAAUAUGAAAAGAAAUUCAGGGCUGGAUUAGUGGAAAAGUGGAAAGCAGAGAGAGAAGCCCGGCUGGCAAGAGGAGAAAAGGAGGAGGAGGAAGAAGAGGAGGAAGAGAUCAAUAUAUAUGCUGUCACCGAAGAGGAGUCUGAUGAGGAAGGCAGCCAGGAGAAAGGAGGUGAAGACGGACAACAGAAGUUCAUUGCCCAUGUCCCAGUGCCAUCCCAGCAAGAGAUCGAGGAGGCACUUGUGCGAAGGAAGAAGAUGGAACUCCUCCAGAAGUAUGCUAGUGAGACCCUGCAGGCCCAGAGCGAAGAGGCCAAAAGACUUCUGGGGUAUUAGGGCUGAGCUGGGACCUGCUCAGGGUCUGCAAAUUUGCUGGGAGACCCUCAUCCCCCCAGUGGCCCCUGGUGAGUCCACAGGGCUCUGCUGUCCUGGGAUUGCAUACGGACUGGCUGGUACUACAAGGCGUCCUGCUACUUCUCUUACCUUUUCUUACCCCAUCUCCUGAUCUAGAGGGACGGGCUGCCUGUGCCUCCCUGGCAGGCUGUCUGCCUUCUGAACCCGUUAGCAGUCACUUUUGUACAAACAUUUUGCUAUCAUAGGAACCCACUUAUUUUUACCUUGAGUAUGUAAAACAGGCUGCUAACAGGCUGCCUGUGUUUUACUUAUCUCUCUGCUGUCAUUUGCUGGGGAGGGAGGUCACUUGAUGACUACCAUUAAAAAGAUGCAGUUUUUCCUAAAAAGACUUACUGCUCUCUCCUUGAAGUGAGAAAACCUGUCAGCCUUGGGCCCACAGUCCCACGUGUCAGUUACCAGCCAAGGCUGUUCCUUCUGGAUUGAGUACUGCUCCCAGUUCUCCAUGGCCCACUCAGCCUGCCGCAUUCCCUCCUGCUCAGGUGGCAGAAAUUUGUUUGUUGCUUCUGUUUUAUGACUCAUCCUGAAGAGAGCUAUUUUUAUUAAAGAUUUUUAUAUGAAAGGGCAA